CACCUCUCAUUCCAACUCUCAUUUCCCCCUCUCCAUACUCUCCCUUUCAUCUCCCCCAAUAUUAACUCCCUCUCUCCCACAACCACAACCAACACCACCAUCUUCUUUCAUUUUGUCCCUCUAUUAUUUCUCCUCUAACUCUUGAUACACAUCAAUAUCAAUAUAUCCAAUAUUGCACUUAUACCAUGGGGUUCCCUUCUGUGUACUACUGUGUUAUCCUCCCAAAGCCUCUCAUCCUUGUGAUCCAACUCCUAGACUCCCUUAGGCAUGCCAUGUUCCUCUCUCUCUUCUACCUCGGCCUCGCCCCCUCCGUCGUCGAAGACUACUACACGCUCCCUCCUCUAUCCACAGCUGCAGCUGCAACUGCAACUACAUUAACUGCAAUUGCGACCGCAACUGCGACUGCAACUGCAACCCCUCCCCCUCUCUCUCCUCCGGUUACGCCCUCGGCGAUCAAAGCGCGGCUUCGCACCGUGCGCUUCGCGAGCUCUUCGAAGAUCCCAUCAUCAUCAUCAUCAUCAUCAUCAACAUCAACACCAUCAUCACCAGAGCUUGGGGAGGAGCCCAUGUGUGCAGUGUGCUUAGGGCCAUUGAAGGCAAAGGAUGAGGUGAGGGAGUUGGGGGGGUGUUGCCAUGUUUUCCACAAAGGGUGUAUAGAUAAGUGGGUGGACAUGGGCCAGGUCACAUGCCCUUUGUGUAGAGCCUUUCUUUUGGCAAAUUAGGGUUAGGGUUAGGGUUAGGUUAAAAAAAAAAAAGGAUCCUAAAUUGUCAUAUGUUGAUUUUAUUAAUGAGAGGAGAGAAUUAGGUGAUGAGGAAUUGGAGAGUUGAUGGGAAUUAUAUAUGUGUCAAAAUGUUAGGUAAGAAUAACUCUCUUAAAAAUUAAUGAAUAAUAUUAAUAAUAAAUAAUAAUAAUAAUAAUAAUAACAA